GGGAAUAUGGAUCAGAACAAAGGCAGGCAGGGACAUGCAUUUAUGGAAAAAGUCUGAAAAGGCUCGCUUGGAAUUGCGCCAACAUGUGUUUGUGAAUGCCACUCAAACCAGAUUGCUGGACAGAAUGGUGUCUCCUUAUUGGCGCCGUCCUCGGUAUUGGGUGGACGACCCUUACCAACCUUACCAAGAGCGAAAUAACUUUUGGUCGACUCGCAAGAAACCAUUACCGUUGUGUCGUAUUGAUGAAAAUAUGUGGAAAACUUUGGUGACUGCGAGUUUCAGACCUUUUCAGGCUAGAAAAGUAUCACUGCUGGCUCCAUGUUGCAGACAGGUGGAUAUUCCAGUGGAUCCAGAGUCCCAUGAACCCACAAUUCCACCAUAUGAAGAAAAGCCAAACGAGCCUACGCAAACAAAGCGAGCAAGAUUAUUGUAUCAGUCAAGGAAGAGAGGAAUGUUGGAAAAUGGCCUCCUGUUGAGCACGUUUGCAGACAAGUAUCUUGGAAAUAUGACAGAAACACAGCUGAAGGACUAUGACAGGCUCAUCAACCUACCCUCUAAUGAUUGGGACAUUUAUUACUGGGCUGUUGGU